AUUAUAAGACUUUUGCGGGUGACAGCUUCCAUAAUGAUAGUAUCUAUGGUCGAAGAAUAGGAUAGCCUGUCUGGGGCAAGCUUUGAACACAUGUUGUUGUUAUUGUGUACACUAUACAGUAUACAGUGUCUGUUAAGGAUAGCGAAGAAUUGGUGUUUAGGUGAAGCAGUUUCAAGAUAGUCUGUGAAUUAAUUAAUUAUUUCUAAAUGAAAUAAUGGAAAAUCCAGGAUGUAAUGUAACAAUAUUAUGAAAGAAAAUUUGCUACCAUAUAGAGGAGAAGCAGAGGCGCGACUCAGCAUCUGUGCUGUACGAAAAUGGGGAAAACAACAAAAGACAAGAGAGAUAUUUACUACCGCAUGGCAAAAACUGAAGGGUGGAGAGCAAGGAGUGCUUUUAAACUGAUACAAAUUGAUGAAGAAUAUAAUAUUCUUUCAGGUGUACAAAGAGUUGUUGACCUUUGUGCAGCCCCAGGUAGCUGGAGUCAGGUUUUGUCCCAGAAAUUAAGGUCCAAAAAUGAGAGUGCAGACGAUAAUGUGAAGAUAGUGGCAGUGGAUUUGCAGUCAAUGGCCCCAAUUCCUGGUGUUAUCUGCAUACGGGGUGACAUAACAGAAACCAAUACAGCAGAAAGAAUAAUAAAAGAGUUUGAUGGAUGUCCAGCAGAUCUCGUCAUUUGUGAUGGUGCACCAGAUGUUACUGGUCUACAUGAUCUUGAUGAGUAUGUUCAAUCGCAGUUGUUGCUAGCUGCAUUUAAUAUUACAUCACAUGUUUUGAAGCCAGGUGGAACAUUUCUUGCAAAGGUGUUCCGUGGAAAUGAUAUUGAUUUGGUUUAUUCACAGAUGAAGAUAUUUUUUCCCAGUGUUGUUGUUGUCAAACCAAGCAGCUCACGAAAUUCUAGUAUUGAGGCUUACAUACUGUGCAGGAACUACACACCACCUGAAGGCUACAAACCAACUAUGCUAAAUCCAUUACUUACACAAACAGAUUGUGACUUCAGGUCUCUCACUGAAGUUAACCGUGCUAUUGUUCCUUUUCUAAGCUGUGGAGAUUUGAAUCUGUACUGAUAGACAUCACUCAUUGGCAGAAGAACUGUCAAAUUUCAAGAAGAAGAUAGGUUGUUGUUAUGGCUACUUCAUAAUAGUGACAGUAGCGAAAUGCAUCAAACAAGAAAAGUCCAGGAUGAAACAACAACAAUAUGGAAAGGAUAGAUUGCUGCUCACCACAUAGAGGAGGCAAUGUGUCACAGACAGGUACAGUGAAAAAGACUGCUGAAGCACCUCUGUGUGGUGAGUAGCCAUUAAUUGUUGUUGCCAAAUAAGAACAUUUGUUUUGCAAGCUUUUACUUCGUAUAAUAACGAAUAAAUAUCACUUCAGUCAAUCCAAAUGGAGAAUGACUUAACUGCAGUCGCAACUGUCCUUACUGGCUGCUUGUUACUUAAAUAACUUCAGUUGUGGGUGGUGCUAGAACCUCACAUGGCCUCCAACAAACAUUUACUAAGUGUUAAUUACUCUGUUAUAGUGUCAGUGGUUUUUGUUUCAGGUUGCAGUAGUUUAUUCUGUGCAGAAACAUAAUGAUUGAAGCAUAUUACUUGUUUCUUAGAAAGGUAUUUUAUCUUGUAGUGUAAAUUUUGUCAAUACUUUGAUGCAGUAAGUGUACCUGUGGAGAAAGUUCCAGAAAGCUUGCAGUUCUUGUGGUACAAAUACAAAUUCUUCCAACAAAUCGAUUUUGUAAUAUUUGUAUGCAAUGCAGCAAUUGAACUGGAGUCACUCUGCCAUCUCUUUAUUCACAUCAUGUGGCAGAAUGAUAUUGAAUGUUUCCAACGACUCGGACAGUGUUUGAAUACAUGAGGUUAACGGUUUGUGAUAUACGCUAAGUUCACUACUGAACUAUAAAUUUUGAACAGAAUGGUGUAAUUUCUUGUGAAUUGACAGUGCAGCAUGUGUUUCUGUAAUCCUAAAUGGUACCAAAACAAAUGUGUGUUACACUUUUAAUGACAGGUUGUGUUUGCAAUAAAAUGAAUUUUAAUGAC